AUGCAUGGUCAUGCAACCUUAUGGCUGACUGUCGGCAUCUCGGCUUUGACUUGGCUUUUCACCAAGAUCUACGCUGCUCGACGACCGGUGUGGAGGUUACAACAGGCUGGCCUGCCAAUGCCCAAGUUUGGUCUUCUCACUGGCCAUCUCCUUACACUAAAGAAGAACCUCGAACUAUUUCCUUCAAAUGCUGUCGUUCAAUAUGCCUUUUGGCAGAUGUCUAAGCAAUUUCCCAGUGGUAUCUUCUACGUCAAUAUGUGGCCAUUCAGCGGAACCCUUCUCGUCAUUACUACACCAUCGGGUGCGACUCAAGCUACGGCUUUGGACUUGAACGUUUGCCCCGAAGUCGUCAGUCCUAUAGAGGCUAUAACGGGCGGUCCAAGCCUUCUGUCCAUGUCCAUCGGACCAGAAUGGAAGAGAUGGCGGAGGGCUUUCAACCCGGGUUUCAGUCCAGGAUAUAUGAUGGGCCUGGCGCCAGCGAUUGCCGAUGAAGUAGCCGUUUUUCGUAAACUCCUGCUGAGCAGAUGCUCUUCGGGGACCUCAGAUAUUUUUCAGCUAGAAGAGCUGACAUUGAAAAUGACGUUUGAUAUCAUCGCAUCUGUCACCUUGGACGCUCGGCUACGAUACCAAACCCAAGACAACUCAUUAGCAACAGCCUUGCGCACACAGAUUGAUUGGACAUCGUUUGGGACUGAGCUGAAUCCCUUCAAGCGGUAUCUUGCUAUACGGCCAAUUAUCCAAUGGGUCAACAAUAGGCGUAUAGAUAACUACAUCUCAAAGGAAAUCGAUCAGAGGUUUGCCGAAAGACUUGAGGAACAAGCACAACAGACAAGCUUGAAACGUUCCAAAUCCGUCGUAGCCCUGCUAAUGGAGGAGCUUCUCCAAGAGGUCACUGACAAAGACUUGAGCCAAGUCAAGGAGACUGUGAAGAAGACCAUGGCACCCCAACUCAGGGCGUUCCUGUUCGCCGGGCUGGAAACCACAAGCAGCACCCUUCUCUACUGCUACUACCUGCUUUCCGCUAACCAGGGUGCUCUGGAUCGUGUUAUGGCCGAGCACAACGAAAUCUUCGGUCAUGAUGCCGACAAGGCGCACGAAGCGAUUUAUCAAGACCCUCAGCGUCUUAAUCAGCUUCCUUAUACCGUGGCUGUGAUCAAGGAAGUCCUACGAAUCUUCCCUCCCGCCGCCCCUAUGCGUCGAGGGCGAGCCGGAGCCGAAAUCGUUGAUGAAGAGGGCCGCAGGUACCCGACUGAAGGCUGUAACGUGUGGACUUCCACAAUGGCUAUUCACAACGACCCGCGAUGGUGGGAAGAUGCUGAUGACUUCAAGCCGGAGAGAUGGCUUGUCGGGGCCGAGGACCCGCUCUAUCCCGUCAAAGGCGCAUGGCUACCAUUUUAUUGGGGCCCGAAAAGCUGUAUCGGCCAGACAUUGGUCAUGCUGGAGCUGAGAAUUGCGCUGGUUAUGACGCUUAGGGAGCUGACAAUUACACCGGCAUAUGAGGAGUGGGAUUCCCUGCACGCCAAGUCGGGAAUUAGAAUAGCGAGUGGCGAUAGGGCAUACCAAGCUCAGGACGGCGGAGGGGGCACCAGCCCGCACCCAGCUGAUGGUCUCCCAGUAAAAGUGGCAUUACGCAACCUGUAA